AAACAACUCCGGCCAUCCCGUUCUCCAUUCUUCCAAGCCGCUGGUCCCCGCAAUAAGGGACAGGAAUCGUAGGGAUUUUUUGCGUUGGCCGACUGAGGGAGAAGAGAUAGCCGAUAACAGUCCUGCUUUCCUUCUUUCUGCUUGAAUUUCCUAGAAAUGAUUAAAACUUAUCUCCCCGAAGAGGUUGUGAUUCAGAUAUUAUUGCGGUUGCCAACAGCCUCAUUGCUGCGAUUUAAGUGCUUGUGUAAAUCAUGGUAUAAUCUCAUAGAAAGCCCUCAAAUUAUGGCAAUGCAGCUCCGCAAUAAGAGCAGCCUUUCUUUACUUGUCAAUAGUUUGAGCCCUCGGGAUAAUGAUCAGGUAGAACCAGGAAGCUCAGUAUGGUCUCUGCUUACAUAUGAUGAUAGAAUGCAACUAAUUUUAGAUGGGGAGAAUGUUUCAUUUGCGCGCCAGGAAUGUGUGGACUUGCCAUCUUGUUAUGAGAAUGUUAUGUUUUCAGCAUCAAAUCAUUGUGAUGGCAUUAUUUGUCUUUAUGAUGGUUACAACAGUGAUGGUACCACAAUCAUGACUAACCCAGGAAUUAGGGAAUUUAUGGUUCUUCCUGAGUCAUGCAUCCCCCUUCCAACUGCAUUAUAUGAAUGUCACGGUGAAACAACGUUUUUUGGAUUUGGUUUUGAUCAAGUAACUAACGACUAUAAGAUUGUUAGGAUUUUGGAAUUUGCAAGUCUUUAUGGUAGUCCUGUGGCAAAUCCCCAGGCUGAGGUAUAUACUUUAAGCUCUAAUUCUUGGAGACAAAUUGAGUUUACAGAUUGUUGGAUGCGCUCAUAUGAAUCUGAAUUAUCAACUUACUGGAAUGGAGCUUGCUAUUGGCCAGCAGAACAAUGUCAACCACAAAAUGAUUGGGUAUAUGGGGUCUAUUCUUUCGACUUUGGUAAUGAGGUCUUUCAAUUUAUAAUAAUUCCAGAAUAUGUCUCUCAACCUUUUGGGUUAUAUGAGUUUAAUGGGACUCUUGCUCUAAUAUCGUUUUCUUACCAUUCAAUGGAGAAUAACUUUGAGAUUUGGGUCAUGGAUGAACUUGGAUUCAAUGGGAUUUGGACAAAGUUAGCAUCUGUUGAACCUCUUCCAGGAGUGGAGAAGCCUUUGGGAUUUCUAAAUAGUGAUGAGCUUUUGCUACUAUUAUCAGCUGGGAUGGAUUGGGAUUCGGGUAGGCAGAUUGCAUCCUACAACAUUGUUACGAAGCAAGUGAAGACUAUAUACCGUGAAGAUUGUUGUGGAGCUAUGAUUUACAAUUUCUUGAAGUUGUUCAAAACUAUGGUGGUUUUGGUGGAUAAUCUGCGCCCUUACGAGUAUACAUUGGCCAUUGUUUUCUCUUCUUGUUCCAAGAUUGGGAAUCCUAAGGAGGAAAGGCAGUGUCAUGGGUAUGUAUUGAAGACUAGGUUGGUGUUUCAUCUUUAUGUUAAGAAUGCACUUAUAUAUAUGUAUGCCGAGUAUUCAGAUGUUCACGAAGGUUUUAAGGAAGGGAUUAAAGUUUUGAGCAGGAUGGUGGGAGAGUGUAUAGAGUGGGAUAAUGUAACCUAUGUUACUGUUUUCGUGCUUUGUGCUUGUCUUAAAAAUUUGAAAUUGGCUUUGCAAGCUCAUCGCAGGAUGUUAAAGAGUCGUAUUGAACGUGAUGUUUAUAUCAAUGGCGCAAUCAUCAGCAUGUAUGGGAAAUGCAUGGAAAUGUACUGCACGCAUGUGUUGAGAAGCCAGGUUAUAAUUAAGGACCAUGUUAUUGUUGGAAAUGCUUUGAUCAACAUGUAUUCCAAGUCUGGUGAUAUUGAAGCGGCAAAUCAAGUAUUCUCUGGCAUGAUAUUUCACGACACUAUUACAUGGAAUUCAAUAAUAUGUGGGCAUUCACAUCAUGGUCUAGGUGAGGAAGCUUUGGCUGUGUUUCAAGACAUGUUAGCUGCAGAAGAACAUCCUAACCAUAAAGGAAUAGAACCUGGUUUGGAGCACUACACAUGUAUUGUUGGUUUGCUGAGCAAGGCUGGACAACUUGAUGAGGCUGAGAAUUUUGUGAGGUCUACCCCAGUCAAAUGGGAUGUAAUUGCAUUCCUUACAUUGCUCAGUGCUUUCCAUGAGGAGCAGAAGGAAGACCAUCUUAGUUAUCACAGUGAGAAAUUGGCCAUAGCAUAUGGACUAAUGAAAACACCCUCAGAGGCACCUAUCCUAGUGUUUAAAAUUCUUAGAAUGUGUGAUGAUUGCCAUUCUGCUAUUAUUGUUGACCAUUUGAUAAACUACUUGCCCAUGUUCUGGAGCAGCGCAGCCUCCAAUAAAGCCAAGGGCAUCCCAUUUGUUUCCCUGAGCUGAUGUCACCUAGUCUGGAUAACGUGUAACUGUUAUGAUAUCCAGUUUUGAUCUCUACAUUCUAUGGAACCGACUUUUGCAGUAAGUCUUCCAUCAGCCCUAAAGAUAGGAGUCAAUUUUGUAAACUCAAGAAACUUGUUCACUUUCUACUAUAUAGAAGGCCAAGAGAACUGAUCCAUAUUGAGCCACUUCUCUGAGAAUGAUAACGGAUGCUUUCUGAUGUUGCAGUGCCAUGGAACUGUUGUCAACAGCCAUCAUCAAUCUUUCAUUCAACUUUAAGUUGGUUAUUUUAUUUCUGUCCCUUUUUUUUAAAAAAAAAUUUUUAACCUC